AUGAGUACUCCAGAUUUGGUAUUAAAUUUAUUACCAACUAACAAUAACAACAACAAUACAAUACAAAGUUUAAAUACCACGCUAUCUUCAGAUGAUAUAAUUCAACAAUUAUUUAAUCAAUAUAUAGGUUUGAAACCAUUGAAAAAUGAGUAUGUAUUACAAGAACAAGAUGAAAACCAACAACAUCCUAGAUUUUCAUUGAGAUCUUUACCAUUAAUCGGAAGGCUAUUACCUGACAUAGAUGAAAAGACGAAACAAAUUAAUAAAUUAUUACAAUUACAAAAAUCAACUACAACGUAUAAAGAAUGGUAUGAAAUUUCUUUAAAAUUAGAUGAAGUAAUGGGAAAUAAUGCAUGGAAAUCCGAUCCAAAGUCAGAUUUAUAUGAUUAUAAUCAAAUAUAUAAGAAUUUAAAUCAAAUGAAACAAGCUAGAUUAAAUAAUGAUUACAAGUUGUUACUUUAUCAUAUUCGAACAAAAUGGAUUAGAAAUUUAGGUAAUAUGGGUGAUUCAAAUCUAUAUAGACAUUCGUACGUGGGUACAAAAAAAUUAAUUGAAGAAUAUAAUGAAGAAUGUAAAUUAUCAUUAGAUUACCUUAUAAGCUCCGAGAAUGUGAAUUUAGAUGAUAGAUAUUUAUUAGGAAUGUUGAUCCAAACUCGAAAGAAUAUAGGUAGAACUGCGUUAGUCCUUAGUGGUGGGUCCACUUUUGGUAUUUUUCACAUUGGUGUUUUGGCAACUUUAUUUGAAAUCAAUUUAUUACCUAGAAUUAUUUCCGGUUCUUCUGCUGGUUCCAUAAUGGCAGGUAUUUUAUGUUGUCAUACAAAUGAAGAAACUUUUGAAUUAUUACAAACUAUAGCCAGUCGAAAAUUUAAUAUUUUUGAAAUUACCGAAUGUGAUUUAAGUGAUAUUCAAAGUAAUUUUAGAAAAAUAUUAUACUUCCUUGGUCAUUUAAUUAAAUAUGGUACUAUUUUCGAUAUUGAGGGUUUACAAGAUACUAUGAUUGAUUUUUUGGGAGAUUUAACAUUUAGAGAAGCAUAUAAUAGAACAGGGAAAAUAUUAAAUAUAACUGUUUCACCAGCAAGUAUCCAUGAACAAACAAGAUUAUUAAAUUAUUUAACUGCUCCUAAUUGUCUUAUAUGGAGUGCUGUUUGUGCUUCUUGUUCAUUACCUGGUGUAUUUCCUUCCAGUUCAGUAUAUGAGAAAAAUCCAAAGACGAAUGAGAUUCACGAAUGGAAUAAUGAUGAAUCAAUGAAAUAUAUGGAUGGAUCAGUGGAUAAUGAUUUACCAAUCACGAGAUUAUCAGAAAUGUUUAAUGUUGAUCAUAUAAUCGCGGUACAGGUUAAUCCUCACGUUGUUCCAAUUUUAAAAAUAUCAAUUUCGAAUAUUGGUGGAGAGAUUGAAAAUGAUUUAAGUUAUAAAAUGAAACAUUUACUUAAUAACGUUUAUGAUUUUUUUUCAUGUGAAGCUAUUCAUUAUUUACAACUUUUAAAUGAAUUAGACAUAUAUAAGAAUCUAUCGAAUAAGGUAAUUUCAAUUUUAUCUCAAAAUUAUUCAGGUGAUAUUACAAUUCUUCCAGAAUAUAAAGUUUCCGAUUUUAUUAAAUUAUUUCACAAUCCAAAUCCUGAAUUCUUGCUUGAUUUUAUUUGUCGUGGAGCUAAAGCAAGUUGGCCCAAGGUAUCAAUUAUACAUAAUCAUUGUUCUGUUGAAUUUGCAUUAGAUAGAGCAAUAACAAUACUAAAAGGGAAAAUCAUAACUUCUGAAAAGAAUAGAAUUACUUCUGGUGUUAAACGGUCUCAAUCUUAUAAUCCAAAAUCAAAAAAUCAACAAAAUAUAACAUUGGUAACUUCUCCAGAUGAUCAACAUCAUAAUCAAAAAAUAAAGAAUAAAUCAGAUAAACAACAAAUCUCAGAACCAAAUACUCCAAUUAAGCAACGUCCAUUUGGUAUUCAAAGACAUCAUUCAACUUCAAAUACCACAGCAGCAACAAAAGCAAAUAUACCAAGUAGAUCUAAAAGAAAUUCAAUGAGUGCUGCAGAAGGUAACAAUUCGGAUUCAGAAAGUAGUAAUGGAACAUCAAAGAAAUUAUCAAAACGUGUUUCAACAACAGUGUUGACUCAUGGUUGGAAUAGAAAAGUAACAACUACUGAUUCGGUAGAUUCAGAUAAUACAAUAACAAACGAAGAAAAUAAUAAUACAAAUGGACAUCAAUAUCAAAGUACACAAAAGAUUCGUAAGGCUAGAUCAUCAGGUAAUUUCCGCCACUCAACAGAUUUCAUAAAUGGAGGAGUAGUACCCCAAAAUACAAAUACAAAAUUGAAAUUCAAUCCAGAUAGAAUUCCAUUGAAAAAUAAUCCAUAUUUGGAGGACAACAUUCAAAGUAUCCUACCCAAAACCGAUAUUGAUUUUGUGGAUAGUAAAGAGAAUAAUCCAAAUUUACCUACAAGGUCAAACAGUCAUCGAAAUUCGUAUAUUGGAUUAAAUAGACUCAAGGAUAAUAAUUUAUCAAGAUCAAAUAAUAAUUCAACAUUGCAUUUGAAGUCGUCACAUUUAAACGGGGGUGAGUUGUUUAAGAAGUUGGAGAAAGAAAAUGAGAAGAGGAAAAGUAUUUUAAAGAAUGGAAAUAAUGAUAUGAAUGAUGUUGGGUUAGAUCUAUUUACGAAUUCAGAUGAGGAUGAUUUAUGUAAAUUUGAACUUUCGAAUGAAAAUGAUGACGCAAGUUAUGAUGAUGGAGAAAGUGAAAGUAAUGAGAAUGAUAGUGAUGAGUUUGAUGAUGCUAAUGAUCCUAAUGAAGAUGAUGAAGAAGAAGAUGAUGAUGAGAUUAAGAAGUAUGAUGUUGAUGAUGAAAUUAAACCUGAGAAGGAAGGUUCUGUUCCGAUGGAUAGGGUUACUGAUUCUGUUGUUGAUGAAAUUGAACCGUUUAUAGGCAAUAAAUAA